ACAAUCUCUAACACCAAAAAAUUCAGCCCCACCCCUUUUCCCACUCUCCCUGACUCACUGAUGCCUCACAUGCUUGAGAAAAAUGCCAGCAGAUACAGAGCAGCAUCAGAUAGAGAGAAAAAUAAAUAAUGUAGAAGGGUGGAGGAACAUCAUCCAAAAACCAGCCAGAAGCUCAUCUUUUAAAAUGAGUGAAGGAUUAUAUACAGCUGUCAUGGGGAUCCGGGACUUUCUAAAGGAGUAUUUUAAUGGUUUCUGGGACUAUGAGACUCCUAAGAUGAUGGUGAUUAAGAACAGACCUCUUGGAGUGAUUUACCGAGCUGUCCAGUUUCUAGUGAUAACCUAUUUCAUCUGGUAUGUUUUUAUAAGUCAAAAAGCGUACCAGCAGAGCGAGACCCACCCAGAGAGCUCUGUUUACACUCUUAUUAAGGGAAAAGCAGAGCAUGGCGAUGAUGUCCUGGACAACGUAGAGUAUGCUCAUCCCCCAGAGGGAGUUGACGUAAUCAGCGCAACACUGAGAAGAGAAUUCACUUAUGAUCAGAGGCAAGGUACCUGCCCUGAGCAUUUCAGUGUUGACAACGCCAACUGUACGACAGACUCUGACUGUCUUCAAGGCUUACCAAACUUUGAUAGUCAUGGCAUUAGGACGGGCAGAUGUAUUCAGUACCACAACCACCCUUUCAAAACUUGUGAGAUCAAGGCCUGGUGCCCUAUUGAAGAGUACGCUGUAGUACGGGAACCACCUUUAGUGCAGGCCAUCAAUUUCACAGUGUUCAUCAGGAACUCCAUUCACUUCCCCAAAUUUAAAGUGUUGAGGGUAAAUGUAGAAAGUCCUCCAGGGAUGAAAACAAAAAAAUACCUCAAGAGGUGUCACUAUCAUGAGGAGACUGCGCCUUACUGCCCAAACUUUCGCCUGGGUUACAUCGCCAAUAAAGCAAGGGAGAAUUUCACUGAACUCUGCAGGACUGGGGGAGUGAUUGGCGUUUUCAUCAACUGGGAUUGUAAUCUUGAUCUGGAUCCUUCACACUGUAAACCUACGUACACAUUUCGCCGACUUGACCUUCGGAAGGAUCUGGCCGACUCCGGUUACUACUACAGGUUUGCCAAAUAUUAUGAUAAGAACGGCGUGGAGUCUCGGACCCUCAUCAAGGCUUACGGCAUCCGUCUAGACAUCAUAGUCCACGGACAGGCUGGGAAAUUUAGUGUCAUUCCAACCAUCAUCAGCACAGUGACAGCUUUGACCUCUGUUGGGAUUUGCAGUAUUAUCUGUGACUGGAUCAUGCUUACAUUUAUUGACAAAAAUGAAGUCUACAGCGAGAGAAAGUUUGAUGAAGUGAGUAAAAAGGUGACCAAGGAACCCACAGACACCAUUCGCACUGAGUUCAGCUUCAUCAGCAGCUACGGCUCAAACCAUUCAGACCUGUCGGACGGCGUUCCUCUCUGAUGGAUCAGAUUUGCUUAAACUCUCUUUCUCCAACCUAAUCACGGCAACAACAGCAUCCUAGUUUGGUGGCUAAAGUGUCUACAGCAGCUCACAGAUAGAAUAGCAAAGCACUAAUGCAAAAGUAUUCAUACUCACUAAAACUUUUGGUCCCUUUGUGACAUUGCAACCACAAACUCUUAUAUAUUUUAAUCGGAUUUCAUAGAUAGACCAGCAUAGACUAUUCGACAAGUGUGAAGUGGAAGAAUAAUGAUACGUGAUUUCUGUUUUAUACAUAGGCGAAGUUAGAAAGCGCGGCAUGCAUUUGCACUUUUUGAGUCCAUACUUGGUCACUACCAGUAUGAGACUUACAUUUUGGUACGUUGUAUGUUUAUGGUUGUUGUUCUGCUGGAAGGGGGAACUCUGGCACAGUGUCUAGGUCAUUAAAGCUUUGUCUAUAACUGCACCAUAUCUAGCUCCAUCCAUUGUCCCUUUAACUUAGACCAGCUCCUCUGUCCCUGCUGAAGAAAAUCACCUGUACAAAAUGAUGUUGUGAUUGCUAAUGUUUCAGCAGUGAGGAUGGCAUGUUCAGGAGUUUGUCUCAACACCACUCAGCACUUUGCAUGUCAUACAAAACGUUCAGUACUGGUCAUUCUUCCAUGUCUUUGCUGUAUCUGCUACCUGGCUGGUGGUAAACUUUGGACGGUUAUUAUGUUUUAGAUUGAUUGAACAGUGCUCCAUGACAAGCUCACAGGUUGGAAUAAAGUUUUCUAGCUGCUUUAAACUGUUCUGUAACUUCAUUUCUAACCUGUCCUCUGUGUGCCUUGGUCUUCAUGAUGCUGUUUGUUCUCUAAUAAGCCUCUGAGGCCUUCAUGGAACAGCUGGAUUAACACUGAGAUUAAAUAUGCACAUAUUUGGACAAUAAGGUCUCCUCUUGGACGAGUAGAUUUUAUUUACAAAUCUUAGUUUAAAGAGACCAGCAUAACAUACAUCCCUGUCAGAUUUUCUUUCUUUAAGAAAAAGAUCAAAAACCGUGUAUCAUUUUCCUUCCACUUCAAGUUUAGCCGCAAAAGCCAGUGUUGCUCUUUCAUUUUACAUCUGAAUAAAGUACGUUCAGUUUUGUAAUAGUAACGUGACAAAUUCGCAAAGGUUUAAACUGUAUGAAAACUUUUGGAGGUAUUAAGAAGAGGACCACAUCCUGAUGAUCUUAUACUUCUUUGAGACCCCCAGUGUGGUUCUCAGUAAAAUUGCUUCACAUGGUAUGUGCACAGAUCAACUCAAGACUUAUUGAACUUUCACCUGUUCGCCACCUGAAUGAAACCUGCCCUCCUUUGCCUUCAGCAAACAAGUAUACUCACCUGUAGAGAUGUUUUUUCCCUCAGAAUACUGAUACUUUCAAAGUAGA